GUGUUGUAUGCUGUAAUUGACACUUAGAAUAUGGAUCUGAAUCUGUGUUGCUUCUCAAGUGUUGGUUUCAAUAUAGAAACUUCAUACAUUGCCUUGAGUUACAUAAUCUACACAGCAUCUAACAACAAAGGAGCCCGUUUAGGUGUUCAAACUAGCGUGGGCAAUAUAAUUAGAGGUGCCCUGAAGUGCCCUGGGAUGUAAGGUGUGCUGACGCCUGACGAGCCACAGGAGGGACACGAGCCAUGGCCGGCCUGGACGACUACCAGUUUUUCUCCACGCUAAGAGAGAAAGACAACCCAUUUUGGCAGAAGACAGCUGACGACAAGGAGCAGCCCACAGACACCAUGGAACAUUUCCGCCGACCCACGGAAUUCCCUGAGAACCUCCUCAACCCAGCCAAGGCGUCCCCCAAUCCCCCGCCACCCAAGCCCCAGACUCCUAAGAUUAAUGAGCUUGAAAUCCAGAAAGUGCAGGAUGUCCAGAUGGAGAAGUACGGUGAACUGUCCAUCAACAUCGUCAGUCUGUGUGCUCAAAACUUGCUCAGCCAUCCAUUCAUUGUAGUGCGCAGGCAGUGCCAGGUGGACAUCAACAGUUACCGCUACCACAUCCUACCCAUCACCCUUGUGCCUGCCCUCAUCCACAUUCAGAGCUUCCAGGGCUUCUCAGCAUUCUGGAAAGGCCUGGGCUCAGUCCUCACUGUGAGGGGCAUGACACUUGGUGUGGAGGACUGCCUGUCUAAGUUUACUCCUUGGCCAAAAGAGAUUUCACCACACAGUUCCCUCAAGACCAUAGGGCAGCACCUCCUGUUGAAGUGCUCAGCCCUGGCCCUGGUAACCCCUUUCUACAGCGCCAGUCUAGUGGAGACAGUGCAAAGUGAAAUAGCAAGUGAGAAGCCUGGGGUGUUAGAUGUCUUCAAGGAGGGACUCACUCGGCUCCUCUCCUUCACUCAGCCACAGACGGGCCGCAUGCUGCCCGUGUGGCUGCUCAUCGUGCCAACAGUAACACACGGCGUGCUUCAGUACAUCAUUGGCAAUGCCGUGUCCACACUCACCUCACAGGUGCUGAGGCGCUACCACCGCCAGGACCAACACAAGCAGGGAGCGGUGAGCAAAGAUAACGGGUCAUUCCUUGAUGCCUCAGUUCGCCUGCAGUCUGCAUUUGUUGGCCACAUGGCAGCUGACGUGAUCCUGUACCCUCUGGAGACCAUCCUUCAUAGACUUCACAUGCAGGGGACGCGCACAAUCAUCGACAGUCUUGACGUGGGUUAUGAGGUCAAGCCGAUACUCACUCGCUACGAGGGAUUCUUUGACUGCCUCAACACUACCCUGCAGGAUGAGGGAAUCUUUGGACUCUUCAAGGGAUUUGGUGCCCUGUGCAUUCAGUACGCUCUGUACGGCGCUGUGCUUAAGUUUGCCCAAGUCAUCAUUCAGGAGGUGACGUUGGCCCUGGUGCCGCCCAAACCUAAGCCCAAGGUUCAGGACCCCGUCACACCCUUGGCUCCCAGCGCCCCAUACACUCCCAUCUCCUCUGUGCAUCCGGGGGUCGCCAGCCUCCACUCCUCGCCCCUGCACCCUUCCCGCCCCCCGUAUGGAAGCUCCCCAAGCGGCAAAAGACCACUCGCCUAUGCCUCACCAGGACGCAGGCAGGAUGUUGACUUGCGGGCCGAGCUGGAGAAGCACAAAAGCAGUCUGACUUUGGACGAUUGACAAGUGUGUUAGUUGAAAAGCAAAAUAGUGGACAUAUUCUUUCUAAUUUUCUUUGUGUUUCUUCUGGUUUAUUUCCUUACUCUGCUAGUGAUGUCAAGAUGUUUGGAGAAAUGAAAUGAGAUCCCUAAGUGCUAGUCCACAGAGACAUGAAAGAAUAGUAUGUUUGAAAAGUCACAUCGACUUGAGUUUUUGAGAUGUUGAAAAUGCUUCUCUCGAUAUUGCUGCCAAGAUUAGCAAUCUCAUUGUUCCUCUGUGAAGUGGGUUUUGCUCUUAUGUGUAAAUAGAGAUUGGUUAAAAGUUAAACAGGGUCUUAAUUUUGACAAGUAAUUUUUUUCAGUGAUGAGAGCUCUUGUAAUUGUUGUGAGCAUGUAAUGUGUGUGGUGUGGGAUGGCUCUGUGAUACACUGCUUGGCUCAGUGAUCUUGGCUCACUAUGGUUCAUCAGUGGGAAAGGCGGCACUCCUGUAGCCAUAACUGGCGCCAUGUUACUCUGUUGUUCCACCUUAACUCAGUUCCCAAAUAUUGUGAGCUGUUGAAAGUUACACUAAAUAGUAGAUUGUUGAUAUUCUUGAGAGAAAAAAAUGUUACUUGUUGAUAAUAUGUCUCCCAGUCACACUUUAUCCAAGAUAGAGAGAAUUAUGAGGCUCCAAAUUUAUCUACACAAAGAUGUAUCAAAAAUUUUUGCCGAGCUAAAAGUAAAAUUCAUGUGUGUAGAGUUUUAUUAUAUUUUCUGACAAUAUUCUCCACACACACACCUUUACAUUUUCAUAUGCGUUACUUAUUUUCUUUAUUUUUAUAUGAACAUGUCUUAUGCCUAAAAUGAGCCCCUUGAUGGUGAACUAAAGCAUUUGAUCAUUUGCAAGUACACUAUACGCAUCCCCAGAACUAUUGUAUGUAGAAUAUGAAUACAAAACUAUUUUCUUUUAAUUUGUAAAUUACUUUUCUCAAAUGGGAAAUUAUAUGGUACCAAUUAUGAAAAGAAAUGAAAUGUAAGAUAAAGUAUAAUUCUGA